AUGGCUUACAACUUUGUGCGAUCGUACAUCGACACCUUCCGCGAGCGCACCGCCGCCAUCAGCCACACUUCUACCUUUCGCGAGACGGGCCAGAUUACCCCAGAGGAGUUUGUCUUAGCAGGCGACUUCCUCGUCUUCAAGUUCCCUUCGUGGCAGUGGGGAGAUGCUUCGUCAGCAGGGAAACGCGUCCCGUACCUGCCCGAGGGCAAGCAGUACCUGAUGACGCGGGGCGUGCCUUGCCAUAGACGGCUUGACGACAACUUUGCAGGAGAGGCUGGGCAAGAUGAGACCAUAGUAGGCGAUGGCUUCGCUGGCAGUGAAGGCGCCGAUGACGAUGGCUGGCUGAGGACGGGUGGCAUGGCGGCUAGUCAAGAGGCCAAGGUGCGCGACGUACGGACAGUCGAUGAGAGCGGCAACCUGGGUGCGGCCGAGGAAGAAGAUGAGAUUCCAGACAUGGAGGACAUGGAUGACGACGAGGAAGCGAUCAUAAGAGAUCCCCAAGGCGGUUCGUCUUCAACAGCUCCCCUCCGAACCUACACCCUCUACAUCUGCUACUCCGCCCACUACCGAACACCACGAUUAUACCUCUCCGGCUACGGCGCAACAUCAGUACCCCUCAAACCUCAGGAGAUGAUGGAGGAUAUUGUGGGCGACUACAAAGACAAAACCGUCACAAUCGAGGACUUCCCCUUCUUCGAGCACGCCCUCAAGACCGCCUCCGUACACCCUUGCAAACACGCCUCAGUAAUGAAGGUCCUUCUCGACCGUGCAGACGCUGCCUUGAAGCUGCGGCUAGCAAAGCUCAAGGCAGGCAAGGACAUCGGCAAGCUUGACACUGGCAUGGAGGGGCUAGUUGAUGACACACGGCUAUUGAAGCUUUCCGAACAAGCCAAGGGUAAGGAAGGUGACGAGGCUAAAGACGACUGGGAAGUCUUGAGCGAGGGCGGAGACGACGAGGUUGCUAUCCGGGUGGACCAGUACCUCGUCGUCUUCCUGAAGUUUAUGGCUAGCGUCACACCUGGCAUCGAACACGACUUCACCAUGGGCGUCUGAGCCUUUCUUUAUUUCUUUUGAGCGUGGGUAGGUUACCUUAUACCAUCCAAGGCGUUCGCGGUCUGGAUAGAUUGCACUGUGCAAAGUGAAGGGACUUUCAGUACUAUGGCGUUUUGCAUUCACACUAUUAUACUCUUACCCCAAUGAUAUCAUCUCAACAUUA